CCUUAAUUGAGUGUGACUUUUCUCUCUAGCUUGGAGGGCUUCUUAGUUCUUAUAUAUUAAUUCAACUUCCUUUCUCAGCUGCCACUUCAUUUUCUCAACCUCCCUGUCACUUCUCUCCCUCUCUCUCUCUCUCUCUCUCUCUCUAAACAUCUUUUCUACCACAACUCCCUUCAAAAUCCAUUCAGAGCCACCUCUAGCCGUUGCUGACACUUCUCCUAGGAUUCAACGAAACUUGCUGUUUAAGGAUAGGUUCUCCCUCAUAGCAGGUGGGUCUUGCUCUAAAAUGGGGAGGCACUCUUGCUGUUACAAGCAGAAGCUAAGGAAAGGCCUGUGGUCACCUGAGGAGGAUGAGAAGCUUCUGAGGCAUAUUACUAAAUACGGUCAUGGGUGUUGGAGCUCUGUACCUAAGCAAGCUGGUCUGCAGAGGUGUGGGAAGAGCUGCAGAUUGAGGUGGAUCAACUACUUGAGGCCUGAUUUGAAGAGAGGUACAUUCUCACAGGAGGAAGAGAACCUUAUAAUCGAACUUCAUGCAGUUCUCGGGAACAGGUGGUCUCAGAUUGCAGCACAAUUGCCUGGAAGAACCGACAAUGAAAUAAAAAAUCUAUGGAACUCUUGCUUAAAGAAGAAGCUCAGGCAGAGAGGCAUUGACCCCGUCACCCACAAACCACUUUCGGAAGUGGAGAAUGGGGAGGAUAAAGAUACAGAAGCCAAAAGCAAAGACAAAAUGUCGGUGGCAUCCAAUGAACUGAAUCUCCUCAAGGCAGAAAGUUCGAGGCAAGAAAUAGCUUUACUUGAGCAGAGACCAUCCCCAAUUGAUGCACAUGGCUACCCAUUGGAAGUUCAGGGCUCUUCCAGCUCCAGAACAACAAACAGCAGGAGCAUCAAUAACAAUUUGAUGACACCCACAGCCACACCCAACAAUGACUUCCUCCAAGAAAGUCAGCCUUCAGAUUUGGUGGGUCAUUUUCCGCUUCAGCAAUUGAAUUAUGCAUCCAAUGCCACAAACUCCAACCCCACGCAGUGGUUCACCCAAAGUGGGAAAUCAUUUGAUAUGAAUUCUGAGUUUGCAAUAUCUACCAUUCUUUCACCGUCAACCAGUUCAUUGCUACCAGCCUCUAUUGGUUACAAGCCUUCACUUACUUUUCCCUCCGACAAUGUAUCCAUGAGCUCUUUCACAGUUAAUGGAUCCCGUUACUGGGAAGGCAGUGCCACCACCAACAUUAAUAGCAAUAGCAGCAGCGGAAGCAGUAGCAGUGCUGAGUUGCAAAGCAGCAGCUCCUUGCUGGAGAACAGCAUGUUUUCAUGGGGAUUGGCGGAUUGUGGCACAUCAGAUAAGGAGACCCAAAUCCAUCUGACCGAAGACAUCAAGUGGGCAGAAUAUUUUAGUAACCCAUUAUUGAUGGCGGCUGCUUUACAAAAUCAAACACCACAGUGUUUAUACAAUGAGAUAAAAUCAGAAUCAGAAACGCAUUUGGUGACUGACAGUUCAAGUGCUAUGUGGCCUCAUAACAAGCAGCAAGGAACUUUACAGACUAACUCUGAUAUAUGCGGUAAGGAUAUCCAAAGACUUGCUGCGGCCUUUGGACAUACUUAAUUAGCUUUGAAUUAAGAUGUCUGAGCCUCUGGUUAAUUAAUCAGUGGAGGAAGAAUAUUGAAACUGCAGACUUUUCAGCUACAAGAGGGCUCCAAGUCCAAGAAGUGCUGCAUGCUAGCUGUUUUCUUAGAAGAGGUGUGCGCCACAUAUUCUUCUCUUGUAUAUAGGUCAGAUACUUAAAAAAAAAAAAAAAAAAAAACGUUUCUUUGCCUCUGGUUUUGGUAUAUUUGUGAGGAAAAAAUCUUGCUAUUACCUUCUCUUUUUUUCUUUUUUUUUUUAUCGGUGUGGGAUAGAAUUUCAAAAAUAAGGCUUGUAACCCCGUGUCUUUUACUCAUUGCGUACGUAUGCUCUAUAUUAAUCUUGCAAUUUUAUCUGGUGAACAACAUUCUAGUAUUUCUUCGUGACUCU